UGAUGUUUAAUUUGAGUGCGGCUGCGCGCUGCUGCUGACGCGACUUGGUAGUGGUAAAAAAAAAAAAAGAUAGCCGGAAUCCUCUGGCGUUAGCUAGCUGGCGAUAAUUUCCAAAUUGAAUUGUUUGCCUAAGCGUCGUGUUAUUUGAGGGGUUAGGAGGCACGCGAAUGAUAGAAAUUCUGAGAAUCUCAACCGACCUGUCCCGUAUGUGAUCGCCCUUCCUCCUCGUCGGACGCUGCCAGCGAGGGCCAAGGAACUAAAUAGCAUAUCGCCAUUAUAUGAUCCAGUAUCCAGCGUCACUUUUACCCUCCAUGUGGGUGAGGGAGCUGUGUGUGUCAGAUUAUGGCGAGAAAAACAGUUAGCAGGAAAAGGAAGGCAGGAGAGCCCAAAGACCAACAACAGCUGGGCUGGUGUCAGGCACCACACAAGCGGAGUCGUGUUUCUUGUUCAUCACGUCAUGCCCAGCAGUGGUGGUGCAGCCGGCGCUCUGUGGUAUGUGCCCUCCGGGGGCGAGAGUUCAGGCCUCAGCAGCAGCACGAGUUGAGGCUCCAGCGGAGCCUGCGUGGCUUUGCAGCCGGCAGGCUCCCUGGGAUCCUGAAGGAGAGGGAAUUUUCUCUGGGACGACUCAACAAGGUGUUUGCUUCGCAGUGGCUCAACCACCGGCAGGUGGUGUGUGGGACCAAGUGUAACACGCUCUUUGUAACUGACGUCCUGACGGGACAGAUAACGCGCAUUCCAAUGCUGAAGGACAGGGAGUGUCGUGACGGAGGCUCCGGGGUGGUGGGUACGGUGGCGGCAGGGCGGCAUUACCACCCCACGGGAGGCUCCCGUCCCCGGCUGGACCAGCAGGGCUGUGGAAUCCACGCCAUUGAACUCAACCCCUCGAGAACGCUGCUCGCCACUGGAGGAGACAACCCCAACAGCCUCGCCAUUUACCAGCUGCCCACGCUGGACCCCGUUUGUGUUGGAGAUGAUGGCCACAAUGACUGGAUAUUCUCCAUAGCAUGGAUCAGUGACAACAUGGCGGUUUCUGGUUCCAGAGAUGGUUCCAUGGGCCUCUGGGAGAUAACGGAGGAGGUCAUGAGCCAGGCUGAAAGGAGUCAGAAUGAAGAGACGGUACCGUCUUACGCCCACAUCUCCCACCGUGCCCUCAAGGACAUCCCAAAGGAGUACACCAACCCGUACAACUGUAAAGUCCGUGCUCUGGCCUUCAACAACAACCACAAAGAACUUGGUGCUGUGUCUUUGGACGGCUAUUUCCACCUCUGGAAAGCUGAACAUAACUUGUGCAAGAUACUGUCCACCAAGUUGCCUCACUGCAAAGAGAAUGUGUGUCUGGCGUAUGGACAGGACUGGUCAGUGUACGCUGUGGGUUCUCAGGCCCACGUUUCCUUUCUGGAUCCACGGCAGCCUACACACAGCAUUAAGUCUGUUAACUCCAGAGAGAGAGGAAGUGGGAUCCGGUCAGUGAGUUUCUAUGAGCACAUUGUGACAGUGGGCACCGGCCAAGGUUCUCUUCUGUUCUACGACAUCCGGGCUCAGAGGUUCCUGGAAAACCCUUUCAAUCCGAGCGGAGGGUAUCGGAAAUGUCCUGGAGAUGGGAUCCUCAAACUCACUACAGGAAAAGGCUGGCUGAAUCACGACGAAACGUGGAGGAGUUACUUCUCAGACAUUCAUUCCUUCCCCAACGCGGUGUACACCCACUGCUAUGACGACUCCGGCACCAAGCUGUUUGUAGCAGGCGGACCGCUCUGUUCCGGCCUGCACGGCAACUACGCAGGACUGUGGAGCUAGCCUCUCCUCCUGCUCCUCCAUCGCUCCCUCACUACGUCCUCGUCCAGAUCUUUGGUUAACCAGUCCCUCCAUCUCGCUCCCUCUUCUUCACCAGCGUCAACGUCUUUGGUAUCCCUCUCGAUCACUGAAUUGUUACACUGUUUUGCUCAACACGUGGACUCAGGAGCAUGAUCCUCCCCCCCACCCCACCGUAUCACUGCUUUCGAUAUUGUCGUCGUGUGUAUUUGUGUCCCCCAUCACACUAUCCUUUCUCUUCCACUUAUUCAUUUGCACCUUCCACCUCAAGCUAUUCAUUACUUUUUUAUAUAUAUAUAUAUAAAUGUAUAAAUGAUGAACAUUGAACAGAAUUUUUAAGAGCUGCGAAGUCUGCCACUAAGGAACUCGGAAGAGUUUUGAAAAACAUUAAGAAUAAAGUUACAUGUCUAUGUUCUCAUCAUUUAAAACACCUACAUCCAACCUGCAGGGAUUAGACUGUGGUCUUUUUGCUGGCUGGUUUUUGUACGUAAGGAUAGUGUUUACUGCUGCUUCCUCUGUGGUCAAUGACGGUGUGUUUGUGGAAAAACUUGAGGAAUUCUCUCCCAAACGUUUCUUUUCAUUCUCUCACUUAAACGGACAGCAAUAAAAAAAGAGAGGGAGAAGGACCGAAGUGACAGUUCAUUUUGAAGGACUGAACCGGAGCGGAGUUCGACGUUUGACAGAGUAUUUACUAGUUGGGACAGCCGGCAACAACAAUCACAAAGAACUUCUCUCUUCUCCCGUCAGAAGUAAAACAACGAAGCCAAUCAGAGUGGGACUUUGUGCUCAUCUUAUCCUCACAGAUGUAAAGGUUAAGGUUGAUAAAUGCGGUGUUGUUGUUCUGCUUUGAAUGAAUCGAAAACAAAAAGGAAGUGUAUUUUAUUUUUGUUUUUCUUUUGAAGUGUGUGAUUUGACAGGCAUAUCCCUGCUGAUAUUCUAAAUUGCUUUAUUUGUAUUUAUUUCCCCCCCACUUUUCUUGUCACUUUUAUUAGGCUGACCAGGAGUGUUUUGCUUCUUUUGAAAGAUGCGUUGUGUUUUUUUUUUGGGCAGUGACCUUUCCACAGACCGUUUUCAAAUCCCGAUCGGUUUUGACUCUGGCGUUAUAUAGAGUUUACCCCAAGAACUUAGGUUUUAGUCGCACCUUAUGAAUCGCCAAAUAUGGUGAUUAAUUUAUGGAAGGGACGCCCCUUGUCAUCCUGGGAGUCUGCCACAGGCAUCAACCAUCUGAUCAGAAGGAUGCAAGGAGAACUAAUGAGAAUUUUUUUGGACUCUAUAUUGGAGUUAAACGCUGCAGGCACAUACAGUACAUUCUUUUCCUCCUUUUGUACCAAGGAGCUAGUGAUUCUGCUCUUUGUUUGGUAGAGGCAGGGUAGGCUUGAGUUACGUUUUUGCCUUCCCCGAGUCUUUCUGUGAAAGACUGCCAUAGGUGAUCAUACUUUUCCUUUUCUACAUGGAACUUUUCUCCAGUUUUCACGAUAAUGACAGAUUGGGGGAAAAAAAAAGAAACCCAGAUGACGACCACGAAUUGAACAAAUAACCGACACUUUUAAAGUGUAUUUUAUAUAUAAAUGUGUAUAUGUAUGUGUAAAAUACAUAGGGACAAUUGCAUACAUUUUUAUGUAUAUGUCUGAGAAAGUGUGUGGAUUGAUCUGUUGGUGAUGCCCUGUUUCUUUUUUUUAUAUAUAUAUACACAUGCCUCAUGAAUGUUUUUACAAAUGACUGAACCUGAGGAUAUUGUAAAAAUAUUAACAUCUGGAGAAAAAAAAAAGCUAUUAAAUCUUUAAAAGGAGUAAAUAAUAAAGUAAAUGUAUAUUGA